CGCGGUCUGGGCAGCAUCUGCGGGGAUGCGCAGCCGCUGGUUGCCCGGCUCCGAGCAGUUUCCCUUUUAAAUGUCAGCAUUCGGGGCUGGAGGGGCAGCACGCGGCGGCGGAACGGAACGGUCGGAUUGGCCGCGCGCCGUAGUUCUAGACGCACCUCUCCACCGAAGGGCCCUUCUGACUGGCAGGGGGAGAAAGUAAACAGAGUUGAAUCACCCUCCCCACUGGCCAAUUGGAGGGGGCCUGGAUUGUGACGUGAUGGGAUUCUGCGAAAUUGUUACUGAGCUGGAGAAUGCCGGAGAGGCGCGGCGCGGCAGGACCAGGGGCUCAGCGGCCGUCGGCGGACGCGGGAAGAAGUGUCUUGUAGCCGCGGCGCCCCACUCAGUCCCGGCCCCCCUCGUCCGCGUACUCGGCUGAUGCCCCGGGGCGUCAGCUCAGCGGAGAGGCGGUCGAGGACGUGCGCCUGGCUCGCAGUUGGCUUUCUCUGGGACUCGGACACGUUUGCAGUCGAAUAAACUUGCGACCGCCACGUGUGGCAUCUCUCCAAGGAACCGGCUCAGGAGGAGGGCGCGCCCAUCGUGGGAUCGCGCGGGGCGUUGGGCAGGGCGGCGGCGACAGUGGCGGAGCCGGCCGCGGCUGCUGCGUGCGGAGGCGCUGCCGGUUACGUAAAGAUGAGGGGCUGAGGUCGCCUAGGCGCUCCCGCGAGUCGCAAGCUCCCGCGCCCCCGCCCCCUCGGCCGCGCCGCACCGCGCUCGUCGUCCGAGGCCAGGGCAGGGCUAGCCGAAGCUCCGCAGCCACCGUCAAGUUUGGCCGCACCGCCCGGGCUGCCGUCGCCCGCACCAUGUCCGCGGCCGCCUACAUGGACUUCGUGGCUGCCCAGUGUCUGGUUUCCAUCUCCAACCGCGCCGCCGUGCCGGAGCACGGGGGCGCUCCGGACGCCGAGCGGCUACGACUACCUGAGCGCGAGGUGACCAAGGAACACGGUGACCCGGGGGACACCUGGAAGGAUUAUUGCACGCUGGUCACCAUCGCCAAGAGCUUGUUGGACCUCAACAAAUACCGACCCAUCCAGACCCCUUCGGUGUGCAGCGACAGUCUGGAGAGUCCCGAUGAGGAUAUAGGAUCCGACAGCGACGUGACCACCGAAUCUGGGUCGAGUCCUUCCCACAGCCCGGAGGAGAGACAGGAUUCUGGCAGCGCGCCCAGCCCGCUCUCCCUCCUCCACUCUGGAGUGGCUUCGAAGGGGAAACACGCCUCCGAAAAGAGGCACAAGUGCCCCUACAGUGGCUGUGGGAAAGUCUAUGGAAAAUCCUCCCAUCUUAAAGCCCAUUACAGAGUGCAUACAGGUGAACGGCCCUUUCCCUGCACGUGGCCAGACUGCCUUAAAAAGUUCUCACGCUCGGAUGAGCUGACCCGCCACUACCGGACCCACACUGGGGAAAAGCAGUUCCGCUGCCCACUGUGUGAGAAGAGAUUCAUGAGGAGUGAUCAUCUCACCAAGCAUGCCCGGCGUCACACCGAGUUCCACCCCAGCAUGAUCAAGAGAUCAAAAAAGGCUCUUGCCAGCCCCUUGUGAGGUGCUCCUCAUGGCAGCCAGGCAGAGAUGGGUCCCCGGAAGGACAGAGCUCCCAGGAAACAGACGGACACAUUUGGAAAUCUGCCACAGCAGAGGUGCGCUGGCCACAGGAGGUCACUGCUCUUUGGUCAAUAUUCUGAUACUCUCCCUGCACUGUUUCCAAAAAGCACAUGGUAGCCUAAGAUCAAAGUCAACAUUUGGUCCCCUUGCAGAGGCAACUCUGAACCGUCUCUGACUGUUGGAGGGCAGGCAAAUAAAUGCUUUUGGUAUUUUCUCCUUUGUUUUUGGGGGGGGUGGGGGGAGGGGCAAGGCCAAGACAAGGGGUAGGAUUUUGAAGCUUCAGACUGGUGGUGUACAUACGUCUGACUGGGUGAGUUGACCCCUGGCCUCCCACAGUGACUCUGGAUCCUUGAUGCUUGCUGACUCUUGGAAUUGUUUUUCUUCUCAUUUAAUGUAACGACCGGUGUGCUUCAGUUUGUUUAGCAGAACCACUCUCUUGAAUCACAUUAACUUUUGAGAUUUAAAAAAAAAAAGAAAAAAAAACAAACCCUCCAUAGCACAGCUGUCUUUUCUGCAAGCAGGAGCACACCCACUCCAGCAUGAUUUGUCAUCUAAAGACUUGAAAACAAAACAAACAAACAAA